UGGCUUAGUACUUUCUGAAAAUACAGCAAGGAAAGGACUGUGCCCUUGGAGCAGCUGCUCUGAGGGGGGCACCAAGGCUAUGAACAAUUGUCCUGCCAUACACACAUGACUUUAGUCAUUGCUUGUCAUGGUUUGUGUGAGCUGAAAUGUUAAUUUACAGCUUGCUCUGCUCUAUGAGCAUGGUGAAGAUCUGCCUCUGGGCUCCUCAGGACCUGCCACAGCCUACCAUAUGCUCAGGUAGAGAUCCACAUGGCUGCAGAGACCAUCCUAGAAACCCCUGACAUCUUGGUGAGCUCAGCCUGCAGCAAGCUGGGCUCAGCCUGCAUUCACAAAAGGAGCACAGAGAUGUUGUUAAAAUGGAGCAUCACCUGGGCUGUUGCUAGACUUGCAAGACAUCGCAGCCUCAGUUGGGAAGGCACUGGGAGGCAGUUAGGGAGCGGCACCAAAAUGUGUUGAGUCACUUUCUAUUGAAAAGGUUUCAAAUCCCCUGCAGAGGAGUCUUUUGAGUGAAAUAACACACUUUGUUAACUCUUAAAAAACCAACAUGGUUCACAGGUUUUGUUUCUGUUGGUAGUGUCUUACCCACCCCGUCAAUGGAGUUGAGACCAAUAUGAGAAAUCAUCUUCUGAGUUUUAGUUUUUCCACAGGGCUAAACCACUUGGUUGGUUGGGUGAAAAAAUCACUGAAAAGAAGUAUCCAUUCUCUAAAUCCCUAUCUCUGCCAGUAGUCAUUACAAUCCAUAACAAGGGAAAUACUAAGAGACAGUCAGAGGUUUCUCUGUAGAAAUUCUUGUCAACGCAUUAAAAAUGAGAUCUGUUGUUAUGGAUUGACUCAAUAAGAGGUUGGGUUUGCCAGCAGGCAUGAAAACCCGGUGUGAAAAUCCCUGCCAUUCAGGCCAGCCCUUUUUUAUGGUGCCUUACUCUAACUGUUUUGAGUCUUGCAUCUUUUCUGCAUUCUUAGCAUUGCUCUCCUUAGAGAGGGAAUGGUAGCUUUUGCUCCGUAACUCUUAUGAAAGCAUGAAUACACUUUAAAAGCAAACAAAACCAAAAAUCAGCAUAAAGCAGCGUCUUGUUUGGGAAGCCAUCAAUGCUUGAAGUUAUUUACAAGAUAGAAGAAUGAUGGAAAUUGAACCAAACCUAUCGUCUUUUGAAUUUCCAGGAGACAAAAAGUUGCAGAGGGAAAAGUCAGAAAAGAAUGUGGAAAAUCAAGAGGACAUGAGGGGUCCACUCCAGCUCACUGCCUUAAAGCAAGGGAAGAGCCCCUACAAGCGCAGCUGUGACGAGGGGGAAUCCCACCCCCAAACAAAGAAGAAGAAGAUUGAUCUCAUAUUCAAAGAUGUUGUAGAGGCUUCCUUGGAGUCUGCCAAAUUUGAAGACAACCAGUUAGCAACAACUGUGCCACUUUCCAUCAGAAAAGCAUCUAAAUACCAGGCUGAAGACAUCUUUGAGAGGUGUGGCAGUGCCAUGCAGCACAGCUCCCUGAAUCUCAGCAGAAGCCGGAGUGAGGGGGAAUGGAAGGUCCCCCACGGUUCCUCUUUCAGCUCAGCCAAAGAGAUGGGCAUCCUUGAAGAUGAGGAAGAAGAGCCCCUGUCACUCAAAGCAGACAGCCCAACUGAGCUGUCACUGGCCUCUUCACAAGGCAAUUCCCAUGAAAUCCCCACCACCUCCUUCUGCCCCAACUGCAUCCGGCUGAAGAAGAAGAUCCGGGAGCUGCAGGCCGAGUUAGACAUGCUGAGAUCUGGGAAGUUACCUGAGCCACCUGUGCUACCGCCCCAGGUACCCGAGCUCCAAGAGUUCUCAGACCCCACAGCUUCAGAAAGCAUCAUCUCUGUUCCCACCAUCAUGGAGGACGAUGACCAAGAGGUGGAUUCUGCUGAUGAAUCAGUUUCCAAUGACAUGAUUGCUGCUACAGACGAGCCUUCCAAAAUGUCUUCUGCGACAGGCCGGAGGAUACGACGGUUCAAGCAAGAGUGGCUUAAAAAAUUUUGGUUUCUGCGGUACUCCCCGACACUGAAUGAAAUGUGGUGCCACGUCUGUAGGCAGUACACGGUGCAAUCCUCUCGGACUUCAGCCUUCAUCAUUGGCUCAAAGCAGUUCAAGAUACACACAAUAAAGCUUCACAGCCAGAGCAACCUCCACAAGAAGUGCCUGCAGCUUUACAAGCUCAGGAUGCACCCAGAGAAGACAGAAGAGAUGUGCCGAAAUAUGACCCUGCUCUUCAAUACAGCCUACCACUUGGCCCUGGAGGGCAGGCCGUACUACGACUUUCGGCCUCUGGCAGAACUACUGAGAAAGUGUGAACUCAAGGUGGUGGAUCAAUACAUGAACGAGGGAGACUGCCAAAUCUUAAUCCACCAUAUCGCCCGGGCCCUUCGAGAGGACCUGGUUGAACGCAUCCGACAGUCUCCCUUCCUCAGCAUCAUUCUGGAUGGGCAGAGCGAUGACUUGCUUGCAGACACAGUUGCGGUUUAUGUACAGUACACGAGCAGUGAUGGGCCUCCAGCAACUGAAUUCUUGUCUCUUCAGGAACUGGGUUUUUCUACUACAGACAGUUACCUCCAAGCAUUGGACAGGGCUUUUUCCAGCUUGGGAAUACGAUUGCAGGAUGAGAAGCCAACUAUUGGCUUGGGAGUGGAUGGUGCUAACAUUACCGCCAGCCUGAGGGCCAACUUGUUCAUGACAAUCAGAAAGACCUUGCCCUGGCUUCUCUGCCUGCCCUUCAUGGUGCACAGGCCCCACUUGGAAAUUUUGGAUGCAAUCAGUGGGAAGGAACUGCCAUGCCUGGAGGAGCUAGAAAACAAUUUGAAGCAACUGCUCAGUUUCUAUCGUUACUCUCCCCGACUCAUGUGUGAGUUGAGGGUCACUGCUGCCACUCUGUGUGAGGAAACUGAGUUCUUGGGGGACAUUCGAGCAGUGAAGUGGAUCAUUGGAGAGCAGAAUGUGCUCAAUGCUCUAAUCAAGGAUUACCUUGAGGUUGUGGCCCAUCUCAAAGAUGUCAGUGGCCAGACCCAAAGGGCAGAUGCUUCCGCCAUUGCCUUGGCCCUCCUGCAGUUCCUGAUGGACUAUCAGUCGAUUAAACUCAUUUACUUCCUGCUGGAUGUGAUUGCUGUGCUUUCACGCCUCGCCUACGUCUUCCAGGGGGAGUACCUUCUUGUGUCGCAGGUGGAUGAUAAAAUAGAGGAGGCCAUCCAGGAGAUCAGCCGGCUAGCUGACUCGCCCGGGGAGUACUUGCAGGAAUUUGAGGAAAACUUCCGUGAAAGCUUUAAUGGCAUUGCUGUGAAAAAUCUACGGGUGGCUGAAGCCAAAUUCCAGUCAAUCAGAGAAAAGAUCUGCCAGAAGACCCAGGUGAUCCUAGCCCAAAGGUUUGAUUCCCGUAGCCGGACUUUUGUGAAGGCCUGUCAGGUAUUUGACCUUGCAGCUUGGCCCAGAAGCACUGAUGAGCUCAUGAGCUAUGGGAAAGAGGAUAUGGUACAGAUAUUUGAACACCUGGAGACAGUCCCAUCAUUUUCUAGAGAGGUUUGCAGAGAGGGGAUGGACACCCGAGGGAGCCUGCUGAUGGAGUGGCGAGAACUCAAGGUGGAUUAUUAUACCAAAAAUGGUUUUAAAGACUUGCUCAGUCACAUUUGUAAAUACAAACAGAGAUUCCCCCUCCUAAAUAAAGUAGUUCAGAUCCUCAAAGUCCUUCCCACCUCAUCAGCCUGCUGUGAGAAGGGGCGCAGUGCCCUGCAAAGAGUGCGCAAAAACAACCGCUCUCGGCUGACGCUGGAGCAGCUCAGUGAUCUCUUGACGAUUGCCGUGAACGGGCCGCCCAUCGCCAGCUUUGAUUGCAAAAGGGCGCUCGAUAGUUGGUUUGAGGAGAAGUCAGGCAAUAGUUACGCGCUGUCAGCCGAAAUGCUGAGCAGGAUGUCAUCUCUUGAUCAGAAGCCCAUGUUGCAGAGCAUGGACCAUGGUUCUGAGUUUUACCCUGAUAUUUAGGAAGGAAUGCCUCAGAUCAGAAAGCUGUUGAAUAAUUUUUUUAAAUCUAUACUCUAAACUUUGAUAUAUUAUAUAAAAAUAUAUAUAUAUUAUAUAUAAAGGAAAAACCCACACUGAAAAUUUAAAAGUUAAGACGAUGUGCGUCUGAUAGAAGCUAAGCAGAAUUUUAAAGAUUGAGACCAUGUUUAGACAUUUACUGGUGUCUCCAACCAUGGCAGCUGCAGUGUAGGUGGCAACAUUUCAUUCUGUAGAAGCAUGUGCUGGGGCCAUACUCUACAUGUUCAAACCUAAUGAUCUAUAAGCUAGACGACGGGUCUUUGUCAGCCUCCUCCUCCCUCCCAGCAGUUUCGUUGUAUGUGUGUUAUUGGUUUGUUGGUUUGGUUUUUUGUGUUGUUUUGUUUUGGGGUUGUUUGUUUGGUUUUUCCCUCUCAGUUAUAAUCUCUGCCUCUCUUUCAGUUGUUGAGUCCAGUUAUUGAGCCAUUUGAGCCUUUUGUUGAUGUCUGUCAGAUGUCUAAUUUCCGACAGAGCAUCCCGUGCGUUUAUGUUGCCUCCAGCUAUCCAGCUCCAGCCAGUUCUCUUUGCUUGAGUAGGAGCUUUCUUUACUUGCAGAGGUUGCUGGCAGGAGGGAAAGGCUGGGGGUUUUUCUUCUGAUUUAGAAACAAACACCUCCACUAAACUGUGAUGCCCCUUUCUCAGUUCUCCAUACUUUUGGGCUGUAGAGUAAUAUUUGGCUUUCAGCUCCUUUUAUGAUAACUGUAGUACCAGUCUACCAUACAUAUAUUAUAACAUGAUGUCAUGUGCAGACUAUAAAAUAGCAAAAUAGAGAAGGCAGGGGGAAAUUUUUGCAUUUAUAUUUUUAUAUUGUAGGAGAAAAAAAAAUAUAUAUAUACAACUAUUCAUUCAAAACCAGGGCUGCUGUGGAAGCUAGACAGCCAAUGAGUCAAGAGCCAUCUCUAGGCAGAGAUUCAAAGGCUUAAAAAAUUAUAUUCUAAUUUACAUUAUUUAUACUAUGUCUUUAUAAUCCUAGAUUGUUGUGGGGUUUUUGUUUUGUUUUGUUUUGUUUGGAAUGACUGAAAGAAAAACCUGCUGCAGUUUGGUAGCAGGAGCUAUCAAUGCAAGAUUAUCUUGGAGUAUAUUCAUGUGAUGAUGUCCUACAAAGGUUCACGUAUUCUCUUGUGACCAAGAUAACAUGUUCCACAGCACAGCAGACUGAUGAUAGCAGGAAGGGUCUUCUGCUUCUUCCUGUGAAAUGCUUCUUCCUUUCUUGAAGGGAUGCAGAGUCCAGCUGAAAUGUGAGUGGAGGACUUGCACCUUCAAUCACAAAGAGAUUGUUCUGUGGGCUUGGGGUUCUUCUUUUUUUUUAUUCCUUUAAAGUAAACGAGCUCCAGGCAUUCACACCAUAUCACUUCAGGUUACAAAAGAAAACAACAACAACAAAAAAAAAAAGAAAAAAGAAAAAACCCACACACAAAAAAAAAAGAGCAACAACCAAAAAACAAACAACAACAACAAAAAAAAAAACA